AUGGAUAAAAAGAAAAAGAGACAAUUAUUGCAAAGUCGUGAAGAUUUAAUCGCUCAACUUUAUCAAGAAUGUUUAUCAGUAAAUGAAAUAACAAAAUGGUCUCAAUUUGAACCAAUCUAUGAAAAAUUACAGAAAGUAAUUGAUAUAGAAAAAAAUCUGUUAAAAUCAAAUUCAAUAUGCAAUCGUGAAGAACACUUAAAUACUUUUAUCGAUUGGUUACACUCAAAUGGUGUUGACACAUCAAAUUUUGAAAUUUGUUCUUUUGAAAAUUACGGAUUUGGUUUAAAAGCAACAAAAGACCUUGCAUCUGACGAAUGUUUUCUUACUGUACCACGUUCAAUUAUUAUCACAAUGGAUACAAUUAUGACUUCAUCAUCGUUUGGUCCGUUAAUAAUAAAAGAUCAAUUACUUCGUUCAAUGCCAAAUGUAGCUCUUGCAUUAUUUCUACUUCAUGAACGAUCUCAAUCAAAAUGGCAACCAUAUAUAGAUGUUUUACCCCAUCAUUUUAAUACACCAUUGUAUUUUGAUUAUGAUCAACUUAAUAGGUUGAAAUCAUCUGCUGCACUUUGUGAUGUUUUAACACAUAUACAACGAAUAGCUAGACAAUAUUGUUACUUACACAAUCUUCUUAAAGGCCAAUUGUCAUUAUCAAAACUUACUGAAAAUUUUUCAUAUGAUGCUUAUAGAUGGGCUGUUAGCGUUGUUUCAACACGACAAAAUAAUAUAUUAAAUGAUCAUGGAGAACCCCAAUUAUCAUUAAUACCUGUUAUGGAUUUUCUUAAUCAUGAAUAUGGUCGAGAAUGUAUUCAUUAUGAUUUAAAACUUCAACAAAUUGAAUGUAAAACAAUGAAAGAUAUUAAAAAAAAUGAACAAAUAUUUAUUUUUUAUGGAAAACGAACAAAUGCAGAAUAUUUAAUACACAAUGGUUUUGUACCUAAUCAACCAAACCCAUAUGACACAUAUAUAUUAAAAUUGGUACUUUCAAAGACGGAUAAAGCCUAUGAAGAAAAAAGUCAACUUUUACAACGUUAUGGAUUAGAAACAUCAGAUAAAUAUCUGUUAUUCGUUGAAGAUGAACUUUUUAAUCCGGCUAUAUUUAUUUUCAUUAAAAUUUUUCUUAUGAAUUUAGAUGAUGUUUCUAAUGUUCUUUCAAAAAAUAUGACAAUGGAUGAGUUUUUUAAUAUAUAUGCAUUAGAUAAAGAUAAUGAUGUACGAACAUUUCUCAAAACACGUAUACAAUUAUUUAUUCGUUCAUUAAAUAUAGCAUCCUUUAAAACUCAUGACUUAAUUGAUCAUUUAUUAAUCACCGAACAUGAUAUUUUAACAAGAGCAUUAAAAAAACUUGAACUUCCUUAUUAG